GUCAGGUUGCAUAAUAAACAGAAGAGAAGAGCGCAGCGUUGUUCCUCCUCGUUCUCGUCUGAUUUGAUUCUCCAAUAAAUUUCAAUUUCAAUUUCAAAAACAAAUAAAAAUCGAAUGAGAUGAAAAAAAUGAAAAACUUGGAAUCCAACCCUUAAACAAAGCUUAUUUAUUUUUUAUCACUCACUUAAAAUCAUUACUCACUGUCAUUUCGAAAACGCCAAGCUUCCUUUUCUCUGUACAGACCUUUUUUCAGUGCUUGGAAAGAAGAUUUGGGCAACGAUUUCAACCCAUUUCAAUCUUAUUUGUUGAGUAACGAGGAAAUUGUGUUGUUUGCUUACAUAUAGUUGAGUAUCUUUGGAAAACCCAAUUUGUUGAUUUGAGGCUUUUGAUCUUUAUUGGCAAUGGAGCACCUACCUGUUGAAGUCAUUGGAAAUAUUUUAUCUCGGCUUGGAGGUGCCCGGGAUGUGGUGAUAGCCUCUGCAACAUGUCGAAAAUGGCGAGAAGCUUGUCAGAAACACCUUCACACCCUAGCAUUUAAUUCUAAUGAUUGGCCUGCUUAUCAUGAUAUUACACCUAGAAUAUUAGAGAUCCUGAUUACUCAAACAAUAUUCCAAACUACAGGACUGCAAGGCCUAUCAAUCUUGAUGGAUGAUGUUGAUGAGUUCUCGGCUUCAACUGUUAUUGCUUGGCUCAUGUAUACCAGGGAAACCUUGCAUCAGUUGUUAUAUAAUGUCCGGACUAACCCGAAUGUUAACAUUCUUGAAAUCUGUGGUAGGCAAAAGCUGGAAUUGUUGGCACUAGCCAACAAUUCAAUAACAGGGAUUGAACCUAAUUUUCAGAGAUUUCCUUGUUUGAAGUCCCUCUCUUUGAGUCAUGUUAGUAUUUCAGCUUUGGAUUUGAGCCUUUUGCUCACUGCAUGUCCAAAGCUUGAGAGCUUGGAACUUGUCAAUCCAGAGAUAGCAAUGUCAGAUGCACAGGUGACAGUGGAAUUAAGCAGCCCAACAUUAAAGAGUAUUUAUGUUGAAGCAAUUAGUUUGGAUAAAUUUAUGCUGGAGGCUGAUAGUCUUGAGCGUUUGCACUUGAGGGAUUGUGCCCUUGAACUUUUUGAACUGAAUGGGAAAGGUACUUUGAAAUAUUUCAAGAUUGAUGAUGUUAGCGUGAUACAUCUUGACAUUGGUGAGACUGUUGAUAAUCUUGAGGUUGUUGAUGUCAGUAACUUCACAAUCAUCUGGCCAAAAUUCUACCAGAUGAUUUCAAGAUCCUCAAAAUUGAGGAAGCUUCGGCUUUGGGAUGUGGCUUUUGAUGAUGAAGACGAGGUUGUGGAUUUGGAAACAAUUGCUGUUUGUUUUCCACAAUUGAAGUAUCUUUCACUAAGUUACGAAUUGAGAGAUGGUGUCAUGCAUUAUGGUCUCCAAGGAUCUUCUAAUUUGGAGAAUGUGAUAGUGUUGGAGCUUGGAUGGACUGUAAUUAAUGACCUCUUCUCUCAUUGGGUUGAGGAGCUGCUAAAACGAUGCCCAAAUCUUAAAAAGAUGGUUAUUUUUGGGGUUGUUUCAGAAGCCAAGUCACAUGAAGAAUGCCAGAUAUUGGCCAAUUUCACAUCCUCUAUUGUUCAGCUUAUGAGAAAAUAUAUGCAUGUGGAGAUGCAGUUUGAAUAUGACUAAAAUUCUUUCAAUUGCAUUGUUAAAUUCAAGUUUUGGUUGAGUUAUGAAUUAUAUGAACAGAUAUGCAGGUAAUAUUUACAGAAUGUAAAUCCUGAACAUCCUUAUUUUUAUGCGUCUUAUGAAUCAUUGCUGGAAUUUCUUCAGUUUGAUUGGAAAAAUAUAUGCAAUCAAAAGAAUACUGCUGUCUUCUCAUUUAAUUGUCAUUUUGCUCCUUUGCUAUUUUUGACCAUUUUAUUUUAUUCCAGAGUUGAAGAUUCUUUCUCUGUGAUUUACAACUGCUGUCACAUGGACUGCCCUUCUUGUUGUAUUAUUGCCUUAUAUUAACAGCUUUGAUGAAGCUAAAGUUUCAAAGAACUUUAUUCAAAAAUAAUACACUGUUUUGUGUGUAUACACAAGCCUAGCCUAUGAGAAUAACUUCAUUUUGGAGUUCAUGGAUUUUCAGUAGUGGGGGGAAGAUUAAUAAAUGUUUUGAAUUACUUUUCCCUGACAAUUUUUUGGGCCAUAUUUUCUAUGACAUUCAUGGUUAACAGAUUUCUUCUGAAAAACUUGAUUGUAAACAUUUCUGCUUCAAAGUUGUAGUAGUCUCUACCUUUUAUAUUUAAAAGUAAAGAGGAAAUAAUUUCUCAGUGGCUUCCUUUGCCCAAAACUAUUUUGGGUCGCUGAUAAUGUAUAAGAAUACUAGAACAAAUGUUAUGAUGGAAAUGAAAUGAAAUUGACAUGUAUUAUGACCUAUAAAAUGAAAUCAGAUCAGAACCAUUAAUUGAUAAAAUAACAGGACAUGAUUGAACAUUCUGAGUCUACAUGGUGAGUGCUUAAACCUUGCAGGUCAAGACAAAGCUACUCAUCAAAGCAUUUCUAGAGUUUUAUGGCAUGGUUGGUGCACAAGAUUAUGAAUGGGAUAGGAUAAAAUGAUAUAUGUAUAGGAUAGAUUAAAUAAUGUCAUACUAUCUUGUGUUUGAUGUAUGCAAGGAUUAGGAUAUGAUAAUUUUAUUUAUUUGAUCAAAAUUAUUCUUUUUCAAAAUUUAUACAAUUUAAAUUGUUGAUGUGGUUUUUAGGGAUAUAAUAGGAUAUGCAAGUUUAAUCGCAUGGAUUAAAAAUAACUCUCUCCAUUUGAGAAGUAUUGAAUCAUUCUAUGCCAAGAGGAUGAUUAAUCUUUCUUGCAAUCGCCUACCUCUCUUUAGAUAAAAACCAAACAUGGUAUAGGAUGAUUAUCAUCCUAUCCCAUCUAUCAUCUUAUGUACCAAACAUGACCUUAUUACUUGUACAAUUUGCACAAUAAUUUUUUUCUUCUUAUCAUUUUAUGACCAAGUGGUCCUAGUUUCUUGUUAAACCAUUUACCAGCAGUGUUUGCAUUUUGGUUCCUUAGCUGUGACCGGUUCUCUUAACAAAAAACAGGGUGGAUUUUCCUAUUGAUAUUUCUGAUUGGUUACUUAUAUGCUGUUCAUGAGUAGGCAUAAUGCAGGGUGCAGGCUAAUAGAGAUCACAAAGUACUAAGACUUGUGAUUUUUGUAUUUCCUUUGUUCUUUUCUAUUUGCACUACAAUUCUCAAUUACCUUUUGAGCAUUAUGACCUUAGAAACUAAAUAGCCUAUGUCGAGUGCUUACAUUCUAGCCUGUGUUUGUUUCUGCUGUUCAGUGUGCUCCCUUGGCUAUUUAAUUUUGUAAACAAAGCUUUUCUCUCACUUCCUUCUAUUCUCUGGCACCUUUGUUCUUUGUUUUAUUCAUUGACAUUCGUUUUAAUGAUUAGAGUUCAAUAUGGAGAGAAUAAAUAGAGAUGCAGGCACUUUUGCAUUAUUGUUGACGAUAUGUAUAUCUUUUGCUUGUGGCAUUUUUCUAUAAGCAAAGAAAAUUAACACUGGUUGGGAAAUGGGUAACAGAAAUAGGAUUAACAGAAUUGCAGAUUUGGGCUAUUCAUGUCCCUACUUAUCAAAAGGAAUAUGGAAUGGGAAAACCCCUGCUCUGUCUCAGCGGAAUUUAUCCCACCUCAACCAAGUUUGAGGAGUAAGUUUAGUUGGUAUGUUUUUUGGCAUAAUAAUGUAAGAUUGAAGGAAAGUAAUUAUGGAAUAUGGAUAUUGUGAUGUGUUAUUACAUUUUUUUUCACUAUUUUUUUUUGGUUUUGUUUUGGGGGGGUGGGGUGGCUGAGUUCAUCCAAGAAAAAUUACUGAAUGCUUACUCCCUUCACAAUCUAGCUGCACAUAUUGAUCUGUACACCUUAGUGCUAGAGUUCUUAUACAUCAAGUUUUUAUUGUAAUUACACCAGUUUCAAAGCCUGCCGCUUAUUUUGAUAUUCACCAGCAAUCUUAUUUCUAUGAUACUGUAGUUAAGGAGCCAAUUGCAAGAGGCAAGUAGUAGUGCCUGCUAUAAUAUUUGUUUGGUGAAUGUGUUAGGUUUGGGAAAUUCACAAAAUUAUACCGUGGGAAUGGUUGCAUACUUCAUUUAUUUCAGCUGAGGAAAUGAAUUCAUGUGGUAGAUCCACAUGAGUUUUCUGUUUCCUGUGUUGAUGGACAGACGGAGAUGUGCUUUACUUUGUGUUCUUUAUCUAUUUACUGAUCAUAUUUAUUUCGAGUAGGAUGCUCUAUAUAUGCUGUUGAGUUUGACAACAACGAUACACAAGUGUGCACACGCAGGCAUGCAUGAAUGUGUAUUUGAAAAAGAGGAAAGUGAUGGAUCUGGGAUGGGGGAUGGCAUUUGAUGGUAAGGUUUACCUUGUCUGCAGGUUUUGGUUGCCUCUGGAAUACGGCCUGCAUUGGAAUGGAAAGAAACUUCCAAUGGUUCCUCACUUCUCUCUGUCUUUUCUUUGUGGCCGACUUUAUUUGAUGUACAUGGUAUAUGACUCCACCACUUAAAAUGCUCCUUUUCUGGUGAGCUGUAUUAGAUUGACCGGCUUUUAACGUUGAAGUUUGAUUAGCUGUUACUGCUAUUGUGGUUUUUAACAAUUCAUUUGUGACUUUUAACACUCUCUCUGACAUUAAUUAUUAUGUUGAAAUGCAGUUCAGCUUUUGUACAGUGAUCCAUUUUGUUGGAUUAUUAAUUCUUAAUUAUAACUAGAUUUGGUGAGAUCUUUGCAAUGAAGCGAUUACUUUGUCCUUAAAUGUCUUAUUUCAUUGUUUAUAUAGCCGCCUUCCCGUGUUCCCUUCUUGCCUUUCCUUGCUGAAAG